AUGCAGUCUGUGAUAUCAGAGGCCCCUGUGGACUUGCAGAGGAGGGGCGCGCGAUUUGGUAAGUGAUCCUUGUUUGGUCCCGCCUCUCCCCCUCGAAAUUUCAUCUCUCAUCGCGUAGCUGAAUUGGAAUUCUGAUUCGUCUGGGUUUUGUAAUAUUUGUCUUUCCCGAUCGGUUGUUGUCCGGUUGUUAGAUGAGACGUCGAUUUCCUCUGGGUAGAAUUCUUCUGUUGCGAAAAUUUCUAGAUGCAUCGCGUUCUCAGACUCGCGUUUGGUGCUUUUAUUACAUCUCUUAGUGUCUACUUCUCCCUCCAUUUUUUCCCGUUUUUUCAACUCUGCUCUUUUUUCGAUCUUACUUUGGCCUUUAUUUUAAGUUUGCAUACUUUUCCUUCUACCGACUACUUUUAUUUAUUCAUUUUCUCGUGCUCAAUAUUUCUGUCCGAUACUCUAAUUUCUCACAUUUUUUCUUUAACGAAUUUCUUGUUCAUUUGUUUUUGCAGCCGCGCAGUGCGCACUCAAAUUUCUAACGCUUCCGUUGUCUCCCAUUUGUAGGGCCCUAGCAUUCUGCAGCACAACAGUAUUUUUCUAGGUUAAUCAUCAGUUAGCAUCUGGGAAGGAGAGUAGUGCCCUGUUAACGUCGAGUGCCUGCUAUUUCUGGGUUUUUCUGCCUAUUGAUGGCAGGAUGCCAUCUGAAAUCAUGGACCAAAGACGUCUUUCGUUUUUGAACAUGGGAUCUACAUCGCCGUCAUUUUUUUCUAACGAGAUCAGCUUGCCUGCGGAGGUAAGGAAACCAUCUGACAAAUAAUUAUAGUGUGGAAUAUGAUUAUUUGUCAUUCUCAAAUACUGUUCUUACACUUUUCUUUCCUUCGUUUGUGCUGUAAUUGUUUUCUCUUCUCUUGACAACGCUGCUUUAUUGUGUAGAGACAAGUUGGAUUUCGGAAGACCGAGUCUGUGCCCGAUUAUCAUGAUAAGUCUUUGACGUAUCUACUUGGUACUUUGCUUUUAUCCUCCCUUUUAAAGUAGAUACGAUAGUGGACGAUUUUCCUAUAUGCUUUUAUGUUUCACUGGGACUGAAUUUUGCCGUAGACUUUAAACAUGUAUUUGUGGGCUUAGUUUUUUGGGUCACAUAGGAUCAUUCUGGCACUGUCUUGUGGCUGGCAUGUGCACCUCUAUACCAGUGAAGUUUUUGCCUGCUGUAUAAACUUUCGUUACCCAAUUAUUUGUGCUCAUCUAUUACCCCGUGUAAAGAGUGCUUGUUUGCCUGUUCUGAAUGAUGUCUGCUAGAACGCAUAUCUGCUAUCAAACAUAUUAAUUCAUGGCUCCCCUCUUCGUCCUAGGUUGGUCCAGAAACAUUUUAUUUAUAUUUGUGCCGGUGGGAAUUCCUCAUCUGGAAUUAGGCAUGUACACCAGUUGUCAAGAGAGGACAUGGACUUAUCUUUGAUGAAAUGCUUGUGCAUUUUUUGCUUAUGGUGGUUCCAGUUUCCAGUAGUCUUAUUUCCGAGGAUGGUGUAAGAAACCACAAGCUAGAUGGAUUGCACAAAAACAGACGUCAAUUACAAUUUUCCAGAUAGAACGUGACAUAUUUAAGCUUGCUGCUGUUUGAUAUGCAGUUUGGGUUCUGGUUUAUGGUCAUAUUACGUGUGUUUACUUUCCCUCUCAUUUCUCAAGUUUGAUACACUGCUUUUACGGCAGAUUUUAUGAUCAAAGGAGCACAUCUUAGAUGCAGUGAUUAAUGUGUUUCUUGUCAGUCCUGCAACUAUUUUGAGGGAAAAUACCCAUUGCUUGCGAUGCUGGGUGACAUCUAGAUUUUAUUGUUUUUUUAGUAAACGGCAAUCAGCAUCAAGAGAACAUUCAGGACGGGUAGAAGUUUUGUUUUCAUUGAAAUAUUCGGAUGAAAUUUAAACGUAGAAAGAUAUCCAUGUAACCAUCGUUGACAGCUCACGCACAGUAGACGUGUCCUAUUUAUUUAUGCUCUGCUAAUUCCUUUUUUAUAUGUGGCAAUAGGAAUCUAAAUAAUUGUGAUCCAUCAAAAGGAGCACUUAAUGGAGGAUUCUUUUGAGGGACUGAUGUUCUCAUGUUGUCAAUGAACAGGAACGUUUGGUGUUCUGGCUUGAUUAUUGGUCCAUCUAUCUUUUUACGAGAAGUUAGAAAAAUUAGUUGAUGACACUUAUUUUCCGGUGUGGUUUCCUGGGAAUGGCUUCACGUCGCCCAAUUAUUAGCUUUAUCUCAGUGAAUAGGUGAUGCUCAGCUCUGGGCGAUUUAGGGAUUAUCAUGCUUUUGGGAAAUUCGAGAUUCUCUAAUGGACUGGGCAAAAUUUUCGCAGUAUUUUUUUGAUUCUGGAAAGAAAAUCCUAGAGGCUGUCCAAGAGAUUUCAGGUUGAAGAUAGGAUGAUCUUGAAAUUCUGUACUCAAUCUACCAUGAGUACUUUAGGAUGUACCCGUUCUCAUUUUACUGGAUUCGCAUGUAUGUAUGAUUUGUACCAAUACUAAUACUUGUUUUGAUGUUCGUCUGAUAAAUGGAUUAAAUCCAUUUUUCCUUAGAGAAGGCCAACAUAUUCGUGAUAUAAUGAUCUAACCAUCAAAUUUGGUAUUUUAGGACUAGGUCUCAUUCCAGAGGGGUAAUGCUGUUGGCUACUUGAUUAUUUUUUAUUGAUCUAUUCUACGUGGACUGAUUUAGAGAUAACUCUAUUUUGAAUGCUCCAUUUGAGCUGGCCUUUUGUUUGAUAUUAGAAGUCUGUUGGCUUAAAUUUUUUUUGCUGCUGGCAUAUCAUUUGUUGAUCACGAACUCUUUCUGAAAUCUGGCAACAUAAUUGUCUUGGCUUGUACUUGCAGGCACUGAGGGAAUGCAGCUGCCUGGAAGCAAGCCUAUGAUUAAAACAGGGGAAGAUUUUGGAGCAAUAGGUUUACGCUCAAUGGAAUCAAUGCAACCUCAUUUUAUCAGAGGUCAGAAACUAAGUAGUCAUGAACACCAAUCGAUUGAGGCAGAAAGGAUGGCUAGCUCGUCAGUCAAUUCAUGGAAGUCGACAGAACAAGGUCCAGGGCCUCAGCCAAAUUUACAUUUUCAUUCAGCAUCCCUUCGCAUGGAAGGGCACAAGAAUAAUUUUCAUUAUGAAAAUGGUCUGUUUUCCUCUUCUUUGUCAGAAGUAUUCAGCAGAAAAUGUAAGCUAUUCUCACCUUCAGUUGUGAAAUUUUUUAAGUUCGUCAGAUCCAAAUUAAUCACCCUUGUCAUUUUGUUUUUGCAGUGAGGCUUUCAUCUGAUGCGUUUGUCUGUCAAUCCACAAAUGCUGUUGAUUUGAAUCUCAGAGAGGAUGAGCCCUUUGAAUUAUCCGAGGAAAUCGAAGCCCAAACAAUUGGUGACCUACUUCCUGGCGAUGACGAACUACUUUCUGGGGUCAUUGAUGACCUAGAGUAUAUCUAUCAACCCAAUAAUGGUGAUGAUGUGGAAGAUGAUUUAUUUUGUAGCGUGGGGGGAAUUGAACUGGACAAUGAUGAUAAUUUGAAUAACAAAGAUCCUACUAAUGGAGCCCCUAAUAGUCAACAGGGGGUACUAGGCGUUCCAUUUGCUGGGGAGCAUCCAUAUGGCGAACAUCCUUCCAGGACUCUUUUUGUGAGGAACAUAAAUAGCAAUGUUGACGAUUCAGAACUCCGGACUCUCUUUGAGGUGAUAAAUUUGAUAAAUUACAGAUUUAUUUUUUUUAUGAUCAAAUGUUGACGAUUCGCAUGAAAUUUUGAACCUUUUAUUGGUCGCAUGCUCUAUCUGUGCAGCAAUUUGGAGACAUACGCAAUAUUUAUACUGCUUGCAAGCAUCGUGGUUUUGUUAUGAUCUCAUACUAUGAUAUAAGAUCAGCGCGAAAUGCUAUGAGAGCGCUUCAGAAUAAGCCAUUAAGACGUAGGAAGCUUGAUAUCCACUUCUCUAUUCCAAAGGUACGAUUCCCUCUUUGUUUCUUUUGUAUGCACUUGAUCUUGACUUCUGGGAAAGGGGAUUCCGAGAUUAGCUUUGCAUACAUAUGCAUACAUAUGUUGAUAAUGAAAUUGAUUACAGACGAUUAGUCUGAAUUGUUUUUUCGGGAAACUGGUCCAAGCCCGAUUCAGUGAGCGGUCAGAUGCUACGUAUUCUGUGUAUGAUACAGCCAGGUGGGAGAUGCAUUGAGCUGAAUCAGAUGACUGAGUAUUUCUAAAGAAGGAAAGGCCAUUGAUUUCACGUGGGUAUGGGAUUGGGAUGGAUCAGGCAGGACUGGUGUAUUAUAUGACGAUUCCACUGUUGCAUCCGGUUGACUUUUCAGGCCGCCCUAUUUUGGACCAAAUCCUGUGCCUAGAACUACUUGCAUUUUUUCUUCACCCACUCCCUAAUCGUCUCAAUUUUUUCCUGGGAGUUUAUACUUAUAAUUUUGCUAUCGAUUAGUGCUGGAAAAGGAUGAAACCCUCUGUGGAGAUUGCAGAGUGGCAAACGCGUAAAAUCGAAAAGCUUACGAUCACGCCCUUUCAGUAUAUUGAUAUAUGAAGCUUUUGAUUUUAAAAAACUUGAGCCUUUUAAGGAAAGUAAGAGUUCUGUUUCUUGAUUCCGUGGAAUUGCAUGUGGCUUCUCACAAGGAUUAUCCACGUUGACCAUGCUAAUUGUGCUCAUAUUUUUCAUCUCAUUGAUCGCUACAUUGUUUUUUUUUUUUUUUGAUUGUAGAAAUUUCGCAUCCACCAUUUUGUAAAUGACCAGUAGGAAUUCAUAUACUCCCGUACGAAUUAUUCCAUUUUGACGCUGCUUUCCUUCUGGGUAUUUAUCUACAGGACAAUCCCUCAGAGAAAGAUAUGAACCAAGGGACGCUGGUCGCAUUCAACCUUGAUUCCUCUGUUUCAAACGAUGAACUCCGCAAGAUAUUCGGUAUUUAUGGGGAGAUCAAAGAGGUCUGAUAUUUAAAAAUUCAAAAUCAGUAUUUAUUCUUGAUGCCCACAGAAUUAAGCUUCUUUAUUCUCUGCUGUGCAGAUCCGUGAAACACCUCACAAGCAUCAUCACAAGUUCAUAGAGUUUUAUGACGUCAGAGCUGCUGAAGCUGCUCUCCGUGCCCUGAACAGGAGCGACAUUGCAGGAAAGCGGAUCAAGCUUGAGCCCAGCAGGCCGGGAGGUACAAGGCGUAGGUAUCAUUCUCCCACCCUUACCGAACCUUCUCUCUUGAUUUCACUUGGCUGGAGUUCAAAUCAUUUCACUGCCGAGGAACAAGAGGACAACCUUCUUACUGACCCCUUCUUCUCCUCCUGCAGCUCGCAGCAGUUCCCCACAGACUUGGAUUCGGAAGACGCCAAUUCCUGCAUUCAGCAUGACAGCCCCCACAACGAGUCAACUCUGGGAGCUUACGGUACACACCGUCACUACCCACUCACCCUCUUUGUCAAUAGUCAACCCCGGCAUAGCAUCAUGUUUUCUCAUGCUUUCCACAGUAUCUGCGCCACAUGGGACGAUCACGUCGGUUGGGGUUGACACCGGGCCCUUCCAGGGCGUGCUGUCUGGCAUCCAAGGCCCGGUCAACCCCUUCAUGGAGGGCAAAUUCCCCCUGAUCUCCUCCGGUCAACCCCUGUCCUCCCCGAUAAGGGUCCCCUCGGUGGUCAACCACGGCAACAAGCAUGGCCCUCUGGAGCCCACCCGCUCCCUCGGUCAGAUGAACUUUGGGUUCCAGUCCCUGCUGCCCAUUCAGUCCCACUCAGUUUCAGACUUCCACGACGGCGUCAACAGAGUGGGCUCACUCGGGUCAACCAACGAAGGUGGUGAGUCUACUACGAUCCCAUUCGCUCAUUCCUUUCUACUUCUGGGUGUCGUCCUCAUCUUCCGCCUAAUUUUGCAGCUUUUGGGUCGUCAGGGAACGGCGGCGGCUGCCCUCUUCAUGGGCCUCAUCAGUACGUCUGGGGUAACUCCAACUCCUAUCAUCCUCCUCCUCCGCCUCCCCCCCGGCACAUGGUAUGGUCAACCUCUCCCUCGAGGGUCAACUCCAUCCCCACUCCCCCUCAAUUCAGCGGCUUCUCCAGGGCCCCAUCACACCUCCUGAACCCCAUUAUACCCAUGCACCACCACCACCACCACCACCCCCAGCACCACCACGUGGGGUCGGCACCUGCCCUAAACCCAUCUCUAUGGGACCAGGGGCAGGCCUACGUGGCAGACGCCGCGGCCAGCGUGGCGGGCUUUCGACCCGGGUCUCUGGGGAGCACUGGAUUCUCCGGCAGCCCCACGCCCCACGGCCUGGAGCUCCCUUCCCACGCCGUCUUCCCCCACGUGGGGUUGCCAUCCCCCCACAUGUUCCACGUCAGCAGGAGCUCAAUGGCGUCCUCCUCCGUGGAGACCGCCGCCGGGGACCGGGGGAGGAGCCGACGCGGCGACGCCGCCUCCAGCCAGCCUGAGAACAAGAAGCAGUAUGAGCUCGACAUCGAGCGGAUCGUCCGCGGCGAGGACCCCAGGACGACGCUGAUGAUCAAGAACAUCCCCAACAAGUAAGAACACCUCUUGUUCUUAGGUAUAUGAUGGUGAACGCGCCGGGGCUAUCGCUCACUCUGGUUCACUCCUGUUCCUGUUCUUGUUCUCCGUAGGUACACGUCGAAGAUGCUCCUGGCUUCAAUCGACGAGCACCACCGGGGGACCUACGACUUCAUAUACCUGCCUAUUGAUUUCAAGGUGAGUUCUUUCGUCGCCCCUCUCCUCUGGCGGGCGCGCCGGUUAUCCUCCGGCUGACCUCCUCUUCCUUCCUCUCCAGAACAAGUGCAACGUGGGUUACGCGUUCAUCAACAUGGUCGAUCCGCAGCAAAUUAUCCCCUUCUUCCAGGUAUCCCUCUCUCUCUCUUCUCUCUCUCUCUCUCUCGGGUCAUCGGCCAUUGGACAUGAGGGACAGGGUCUGACGGGCCGGUGGUUUAUCUUUUGGCAGACCUUUAAUGGCAAAAAAUGGGAGAAGUUCAACAGUGAGAAAGUGGCAUCGCUGGCGUACGCCCGCAUCCAGGGAAAGUCCGCCCUGAUCGCCCAUUUCCAGAACUCCAGCUUGAUGAACGAGGACAAGCGGUGCCGGCCCAUCCUCUUCCACACCGACGGUCCGAACGCCGGCGAUCAGGUAGGAAUCUAAACCCCGGAUAUCUUCACACAAUUCCAGUCCUCGUCACCUCGCGAUCAGAAUCAGUAAUCAUGCCCCAAAACUUUCCCUUCUCCGAUCCCAAGCGCCAUGGAUUUCAACUGCGAGCCGAUUCUCUGUCUCUCUCUCGUAGCUGACUCUCUCUCUCUCUCUCUGUGCAGGAGCCCUUCCCGAUGGGGAUCAACAUCCGGUCGAGGCCCGGGAGGCCGAGGCCGGCCGCCAAUGAGGAUGGCCACCAGGAGAGUCCAUCUACCUCCACAAACGUGGAGGAAUCGUCCAAUGGGGACGCUUCAUCGGGUUCAACAAAGGAUCCUGAAGAGUAG